AUGGUUUUGAAAUAUGGGACAGAGAAUCCAAAUGAUACAAUCUUUGAAAAAGCGCCAAAGGAUCGUCAGCAUCAACCAAUUGCGCAUUUUGAUAUCAAGGGGCCAAAUAAAUCGGUGAUAAUCCUCGACCAGGCCAUGAACCUUGCUGACUUCGGGCUCGCACUUGAAGUUCCUGACGCUGAGGAAUUGAAAAGAAGUUCUGUCCAAACGGCGAGCAUGGCUCAAGAUAGCUCAAGGACGCAACACCUACCAUGCACCUUUUUCCUUGCACUUCAAGCUCCGCUUUCGAUCAGGCUCACCAUUCAUGAACAAUAUUCGGUCAGCAACCCAAACCGCGUAAUAGGCACCUCAACCGACCUGUGGAAUGUUGCUAAUGUUAUUUACCAAUGCCUAGUGAAUAACAAUCCUGUGCCCGACAAUGAGAUCUUCGAGACGGGAGUCGACCCCGACCCCCAUAUAACAUUCUCAACCAUGGGCAGAUAUCUCUUGCAUCCCGAACUAGAAGGGGUUGAUCUUAAGUCUUUAGCACUUUAUCCCGGAGCACGUCCGGAUGUACGGGAUUUACUAGUACAGGUACAAGAAUCUGUAGAUUUUUGGAAUUUUGGCGAUAGCCACGACUUGUUUUUGGAAGGCAUUUAUGGGGGGGAAUAUGGGUGGGAUGAAAAAUAUCCAGACGCUAUUCGAGGAUCAAAAAAAGAUGAAGGUAUGCAGAUGAUCAGGUUGCAAAGGGAGAGGCGGCCACGAAAACCAGACUACAGUAAUCCAAGGUGGUGGAAACCGGCCGAAGAUGAAUAUGAUUAUGAUGAUUCUGAUCUUUUGUUUCCGACUCGCAAGGCGCUUCAAAUGGGGUAUAGAGAAAUGCCGUUCGAAUUGGGAGAACCGAUACGCAACCCGGCAUUCCCUAAUUGGAGAGCACCGGUGCAAGAUCCUGUAGCGCCAGACUUUGAUGAUCCACAAGAUGACCCUGAGGAUGAUGCAGAAGAUGAUCUAGUCGAUCCAGGAUACUAUCCGAAAGGAGGAGAUCAACGCGCCUACAACCAUGGAAAAGGAAAAGGAAGAUUAGAACCAAUAUUCGAAAGGGCCUUGGCCAUCGAGCGAGGCGUCAAAAGAAUGCGCACACCCGAAGAACAAGAAGCUGCUCCCUGGAUAAAGACCCCUGCUCCUGUCAAUAUCGCCCCAAAGAGACGACCUGGAGGCAUACCCCGAAAACCCAAACGCCGAAUAGUCCCACGUAAACGUAAACAACUUCGUGUGGCGCCUUACCGCGAUGCAAAGAGACAACGAAUAGAGGAACCUAACUCUCCCAAGUUUUAUGGAAAGGAAUAUAGAAUGAAUACUGCGGGGAAACUGAUGGUUCGGCGUGCGGGAGCUUCGCCUGGAACGGGAGAAAUGGAGGUGGAGAGGAGCACGCCGUGGGCUUUGAAUCGACCAAGUCCGAAAAAGCCUGUGGUUAGAAGGGAACAAGAUAACUAUGAUAACUGGUAUAAUGAGGCUUGA